AGCGCUCUUGUGCCGCCGUGCCAUGAGCGCAUUCUUUCCUACCUGAAUCGUGGAGAGUCUUUAAUACAUUCUUCAAAGUCCACAGUCAUCUUUGCGUUUUCCUUCUAGUAUUCCUCUUUCAAUGGGUUAAUGUCAUUGCCCGGGGCUGCUGUCGUUAUAGACGGUUGGAUGAAACGAGUCCGGUACAGUUGCAGUAUUCCCUCUCUGUCGGACGCGCGGCAGCGGCAGCUUGUUCUGUCACCGUGACACAGAACGUAGUCUCAAUGCAUGUCAAAUUACUACGGCUGCUGUUGCUCUACGUCCACGGAUGCCGAGAUCGGUGAGAGGGGCGUGUCCGCUCUGCAUGCACGACACACCCCUCUGCCAAUCACAAUGAUGGCAUCAUAAAGCGACAGACUUUUGAAUGUCGCAUGGUUUCUACUGCCACAAAGUAUCUACAUCGAAAAUAUUCAUGAGUUGUUAUGUUUGCUUUUUGGUAUUAAUUUAAAGUUAGGUUUAAGGUUAUCAAUGUGGAAAAUGUAAGGGUCAAGGUUAAGGUUAGGUUUAAAUUCACAUUUGAAGAAGAUAAAUUGUAGAAAUAGGCGGUUUUUAUUGACUUUGUGGUUGUGGUAACUAGUAAUGACCAUGUCGCGUUGCGUGUGAAGUUGAAGGAGUUUGUCCUUGAAGCAGUCAAUGAUCAUGGUCAAUGGCAGUGUCCGUUAUCUCAUCUUCUUCCAAUACCUCGGGACAAAGUACAGUGGCGUUAUGAAGGCGCCUCCACACCAAGCAGUCAAGGGUGUCCAGAACUACUUGGAGGAUGCGGUACGGAGUUUGAGGCCGGUGAAUGAGGUUUCUCUGUCCAUCUCCAGUCGGACAGACACCGGUGUCCACGCCCUUGGAAACUCCGCCCACUUCGACCUCCAGCGGCAGAACGGCAAGCCCCCAUUUGCUGAAGAGGUCCUGGUUGACGCCCUCAACUUCCACCUGAGGCCAGAGCCAAUCAGAAUCACCCGUGCCUACCGGGUCCCCGGUGGGUUCCAUGCCCGUUUCCUCGCUGUGUCUCGGACGUACGUCUACCGGCUAGCCACGGGCGUCACUCAUCACUCCUGCACGCCACUGACCGAUGCUAACCUCUGCUGGGGGUUACGCCACAUGUGAGUUACCCUGGCAAUCGUGUGUGUGUGUGUGUGUG